AUGGUUUCUUUCCGCUGGCUGAUGCUGGCAGCGGUCGCCGGCCUUGCCAAUGGCCUGGCCGACACCGACACCAUCACCUGGGGUGGCGAUAACUCGCGCGCCGGCUACCAGACUAACCAUAACAUGGACCCGGCUGUCGUCCGUAGUUCUCAAUUCGAUCAGAUCUUCCAAACCACACUUCCCGGCCGAUAUGGCGGCCGUGCCGAGCAGAUCUUCUCUCAGCCACUCGUUUACACUCCCGGCGACAAGCAGUACGUCUAUCUUGCUACCACGCAGAACAAUGUCUACAAACUCGAUGCGCAGACGGGCGAAAUCCUCGCCUCACGCAAUCUCCACAUUCCUUUCCUCUCGGCAGACCUCGACGGAUGCUACGAUAUUCAACCCCACGUCGGUGUCACUGGUACUGGUGUCAUCGAUCCUGACACCGGCACCUACUAUCUCCUUGCCAAGACCUACGAGAACCAGGAACUUGUUGAUGUCGCUCAAGGUCGCCCCGCCGGACGCUACUACCUGCACGCUCUCGAUGUAAACGACUUGAGCGAGCGUCCCAACUUCCCUGUUGAUCUCGAGGGUACCGUCGCCAGGAAUAACCCUGAUCGAAGCUUCAAUGGCGGCAUCCAUCUCCAACGCCCUGCGCUGCUGCAUGUGGGUCAGCAUAUUUACGCCGGCCUCGGCUCCCAUUGCGUCAAAUUCAACUUCACCGGCUGGGUAAUGGGCUGGGAUAAGACGACCGGAGAACAGGUCGAGCGCUUUGCGACGCAGGGCGAGGGCGUACCCCAGAACACCGAGGGCGGCGGCCUGUGGAUGGCCGGCGGUGGCCUUGCUUCCGAUGACCAGGGCUCCAUCUUCUUCGCGACAGGCAACGGAUACGCUGGACAGCUUGCCGAGAUUCCUGUUAACGGCCGUAACCCCCCGACUUCACUUGAGGAGGCUGCUGUUCACAUGACGAUCCAAGAAGACGGAAGUUUAGAUCUGGUCGACUUCUUCAUACCAUGGGAUAAGCGCGCUAUGGAUGGAGACGACAAGGAUCUUGGAUCGAGCCCACUUCAAAUUCUCCCCAACGAAUUCUCUUGCGGCAGCAUCAGACGUAUUGGAGUUGUGACAGGCAAGAACAAGAAGACCUACUUCAUCAAUCUUGAUGACAUGGGUGGUUACCGCAACGGCGAGGAUCGCUUCGAUAAUAUCAUCCAGACUUACGAGCACGAGAACUCGGUUUAUGCUGGUGCUGGUGUCUACCCUGGACAGGGUGGUUACAUCUACAUCAAUGUCGUACAAUAUCCUACCAUCGUCUUCCGCUUCUCUUGCGCCAACGGUGUGCCUUCGUUCAACAAAGAGGCCGAGACCCCAGAGUCCAAUGGCUACACCCUUGGCGUGAGCCACGGCACUGUCACCUCUCUCAACGGAGAGCCUGGUACUGCUAUGCUCUGGACCACUGACGUACAGAACCCGCCCGGCCAGCUUCGCAUCUACGAUGCAGUUCCUCGCGACGGCGAGCUUACCCUCCUUCGGAAGUGGGAGAUUGCCGGCGUUACCAAAUUCAGCCGCGCCGUAUUUGGCGACGGGAUCAUGUACCUGGGUACGACUACUGGUUUGUUCUACGGAUUCGGCGCUCCGAUCAACCGCCCCAUCGAGUGCACUUCGCCUCUCGAAUUUGGCGCCGUCAGCCUCGAAGCCAGCGCAGAGACCCGGACUUUGACUUGCACUGCUCUGAUCAACACUGUUGUGAAUGACAUUUCUCUCCGUGAGGCAACCGAUUUCAGCAUUUCAGGACUGCCACCACUGCCCUUGACACUGGCUGUGGGCGCCACAUUCGCAAUCGAGGCUGCCUUCGCGCCCACGGACCUAGGCCUUCUCUCCACCGAUGUCAACAUUGAGACGGAGAACAGCGUCGCCGGAUACCGUACCACUACGUCUGCCCGACUCACUGGCACCGGCGAGACGGACAACCCAAAACUUUCUGUCAGCCCCAGAGAAAUCGAAUUCGACAACGUCAUCACAGCUGGCGCAGCGCCACCUGCUAACAAUGUCGUGCUGUCGAACCAGGGCAACUCUGUUCUGACAGUCAACGAAAUCCGAUACUCUGAGACUAUCAACGGUACUCUGCAAAACUGGGAUCCAGCCAGCGGCGCACUAGCCAUUGGACCAUUCACAAUCAGGAACAUUCCUUCCGCCAUUGAUGCCAAUUCAGGCGCCACGGUCUCGGUAUCCCUGAGCCCCGCGAAUGGAGGCGCAUUCAGCGGGCACAUUCGAUUCAUCACCGAUGGUGGUAAUGCCGAUGUGACUAUGACCGCUCACGUCGGCGCGGCUCCUGUGCUCCUCGUCGAGUUUGAGCGCCCUGAUGGCGAGGGAUGGACAACAUAUCAAGAAGGGACCGCGUUCUCGUUUGGCGAGGUCACCCAGAAUAACGUGAGGAACCUCAGGAUGCGCAUCACCAACACCGCCCCUGCUGGUGGUGUCAGAUUGUCUCUUACGGUCUCCAAACCUCCUCAUGGCGGCUCCGGAAUCAUCAGGGCCAACAAUGCCGUCGAUCUUGGCGAGGGUACAAACCUGGGUCCUGGUCAGAGUGAAACUGCCGUGCUCUACUGUGCUGUCCCUAAGAGACAGUGGAACAUGGAGCCCUACCAAGGUGAGGCUGCCUGGAGCCUCAACACCAACGAUCCCACGGUGGCUUACCAGAACAUUCAAUUUGAGUGUACUGCUGUCUCUGAACAGUCUGCUCCUCUCCUGGAGAAUGGCCUGUCGCAGUAUCAGUAUGUCGGUUGCUUCAGGGAGAACACCCCUGGCCGGCAAUUGGCCAACCAGCUCUACGGAAACGACGAGAACACCAUUGCUAUGUGCGUGGAGGCAUGCGCUGCUGGCAACUACGUAUUCUGCGGAACUCAAUACCACCGAGAGUGUUGGGCCGGCCCUACCAUCCCCAGGGAGCGUGUUGCGGACGUUAACUGCAACUUUGACUGUGAUGGGGACCUCAAUCAGAUCUGCGGUGGCAACGGUAUCGCUACUGGACCUGGUGGCGCUUACAUUUCUCUCUUCGCCGAUACUCUGCGAUUCGAUGGCAACGAGACCAACAUCCCUGAGCCCGAGGAGCCGGUGGACCCUACUGAUCCCAUUGUUAACCCAGGCGUUGAUGGGUACAUCAGCAUUGGCUGCUAUACCGAAGCCCCGGGGAGCCGCGCGCUGCCUUUCUUCUUCGCCACCGAGGAUCAAACUGUCGCCAUGUGCGUGGACGCCUGCUCGCUUCGUGACUACGAGUUCGCUGGUGUCCAAUAUGGCGGAGAGUGCUGGUGCGCCAAUGCUAUUACGACGGGUGCCGUUCCGGCGCCUGACGCGGAGUGUAACAUGGCCUGCAACGACAACGCUGCUGAGUACUGCGGUGGCGGCUCCCGGCUCAACAUCUACCAACGCCAAUCUGGAGGUUCUUUCCCUUCUGCUAGUGUUUCUUUGAACAGCACUAUCCCGGCGCCGACUUCGUCUUUGAUCCCCGCCUCCUCUGCCCUUGUCUCUUCUGUACCAAUAGUUUCAAGCAUCGUCACGUCUGCCGCCCCGCCAGUGCCGACACCAGGAGAGGAUGACUUCAUCGGCGACUGGUCUUUCGAGGGCUGCUAUACCGAGGGCGAUGGCGUUCGGGCCCUGGACGGUCGCUUCUACGCCGACGACGAGUUGACGCUUGAAAAGUGUGCCGCCUUCUGCGAGGGUUUUGUUUACUUUGGCGCCGAAUACGGACGCGAGUGUUGGUGCGGCGAUGUCCAUGGCACUGGCAGCGUGUUGGCGGCCAACCAGGGCGACUGCAACUUCGCUUGUGGCGGCGACGGCUCGCAAUUCUGCGGUGCGGGCAACAGGCUUCAGAUGUAUCGCUUCGGUGGUGCGGACACGCCCUCGGGGGCUGUCAGCAGCUCUCUCCCGGUGCCCACAUCCGCGGUCGUCAGUUCUGCUGUUGCUGCUUUCAGUUCAACUGGCCCGGAAGUCAGCUCUGCCGUUGCGGGGGCCAGCUCUCAGAUAGCCAUUGAGGCUAGCACUGCCCCUGCUCCCAGCUCCGUCGAUGAGGAGACCAGCACAUCAGUCGUCGAGACCAGCUCGGCGGUUGCUGUGGAGUCCAGCACUGUUCAGUCCAGUGCUGCCCAAUCCAGCUCCGCAGAGGCCAGCUCCGUCAUCGAGAUGACGCCUUCCGCCGUUGCCUCUUCAAGCUUUGUUCCUAGCUCUGCGAUCCCAUCAUCCUCUACCCCGACCUCGACGCCGUCGCCUUCCGUCUAUCCAGGUAACGAUCUCUGGAACUACACGGGCUGUUACUCCGAGCCCUCCCCUGGCCGUCUUCUACCCAGUCAGCUACUGAACGACGGCGAUGAGAUGGAUAUCGAGCUCUGUCUCGACGUCUGCGCUGGCUACAACUAUGCGGGUGUCGAGUAUGGCCGUGAGUGCUGGUGUGGUGACCGCCUCAACGCCGAGGGUGACGUCCCCAGCGAGGGCACAGCAGCGCCUGGCGAGCUGGUGGACGACGACGAGUGCGCCUUCCUGUGCCCUGGUAACAGGCUGAAUUACUGCGGUGCAGGUAUCAGAAUGAGCGUGUAUAUCCUGAGAGAGCACGAGGAGGCGCUGGCUGAGGCGUCCUGA